GAGCAUGCGCUGAGUGAACCGGCGGAAGUGGUUAGUACGUUGCGUUCAGGGUUACGCUGAGAUCUGAAGCUGAUGGAUUUAUCGUAGAGAAAUUUGUUGAAGACAGAAAUAGAAAUGGAAGUUAUAUUCAUGAAGACAGCUCUUUAGUAAAAGUGUUGAUAGGAGUGUUGUGGUGAGAUGGUGGGUUAUGAUCCCAGGGCGCAGAAUGCAGCUCCUACCCAUUGGGAGGCAGCUAUCGCUGGUUCAGCUGCUGGGCUGGCCACCAGAGCCAUUAUCAGUCCUUUUGAUGUCAUCAAAAUAAGAUUCCAGCUGCAGAUCGAGCGUGUGUCGUCACGUAGACCUGAGGGAAAGUACUGUGGAAUCCUUCAGGCCUCACGCAGCGUUUACACAGAAGAAGGGCUUUCUGCUUUCUGGAAAGGCCACGUUCCAGCCCAGCUCCUCUCCAUCUGCUACGGUGCUGUCCAGUUUGUUAGUUUUGAGUUUCUGACUGAAGUUGUUCACAAAUCGACAAUCUACGACAGCCAGACACCAGGAGUUCACUUUGUCUGUGGCGGUUUGGCAGCCUGCUCGGCCGCGGUGGCCUGCCAGCCUCUGGACACGCUGAGGACACGCUUCGCUGCUCAGGGAGAACCCAAGGUUUACAGGAACCUCCGUCAUGCUGUUUCCACGAUUUGGCGCUCCGAGGGAAUUGUUACGCUUUACCGAGGCCUCUCUCCAACACUGGUGGCAGCGUUUCCUUACGCUGGACUGCAGUUCUUUUCCUAUAACGUGUUUAAAAAGAUGUUGGCUCCUUCAUCUAAAGCUGGAGACUCGGGAGGAAAUGUGAGAAGCCUGAUCUGUGGCAGCGGAGCUGGAAUGGUCAGUAAGACACUGACAUAUCCGUUUGACCUGUUCAAGAAGAGGCUGCAGGUGGGAGGCUUUGAGAAAGCCCGGGUUCACUUUGGAAAGGUGCGGAGCUACAGCGGCCUGAUUGAUUGCAUGGUUAAAAUAGCCAAAGAGGAGGGCCUCCGAGGAUUCUUCAAAGGGCUCUCGCCCAGUCUCCUGAAGGCUGCACUGUCAACAGGAUUCACUUUUUUCUGGUAUGAAUUUUUCCUCAAUGUCAUGUCAACCACCAGGGAGAGACGGAGAAGAGACGUCUCCACCAAAGACCCAGAGGAGAAGAACAGAACUGCGUAGAGGAGACCAUCACGCACAUGUGAAACACUUAUGUGUCACUGCACUGAGCUGGGGAAGGUUACUGUUAACGUCAGACAAUGUGGGAAAAUAACCUCAGAACAUUUAAUGUCGGUUUGUCAUUUUUCCUAAAUAUUUAAAUAAAUAUAUUUGUUAUAUUAUUUGAAUAACCUGAAAUCGUGUUUGUUUGUAUUUGUUAUUGUCUUGUUUCUUCUGUGCCGGUAUGUGUCCCGAGGAUGGAGAAAGUAAAUUCAUAGGGAAAACACAGACUCCUCCUGUUUACAUUCAUAUUCAUUUAUGUUACACAGAGCUCACAUGUAGUUGUUGUUACUUCCUGAUUAGGUUUGUGGAGUUAACCAAUCACAGCAGCUCAGUCAAAGGAACUCAUUGGAGUGACCGUUGUGAUAAAAUAGACAAAAAUUUCAUUGUAGAAUCAAACCGAAUUGAAACAUUUAAAUAGCAAGUCACCCCCUACCAGUCUUAUUCUACUCCCACACUUCCUGUUUAAAAAAUGCAACAAAUGCUGUUGCCUGGCAGACCGAGAGGACAAAGCUGUCUUUGCGCUCACUAAAGACAGCUCAUAAGGAUGUAGUUUAAUAUAAGGACAAUUUAAAACCCAGACUGAGAGCCCUUGAGACAGAUUCCCUGUGUUUUAACUGCAUUCUGUAAUUUUGUAAAUAACAUGUCUGUGUAGCUAAAACAAAUAUAACUAAGAAAAUAUCGACAAGGCGUCAAGGCUGCUGUAAAAAUAUGUCUGCAAAAACAAAGUCUGGGUCACAGAAAAGGAAAGAAAGAAAGGAGAAAGAGGACAGGCAGAAGAGAGGGCGUCAGUAUGUCACACAGUUUUUCUCAAAGAAAGGUGGGUUUAGUGAGUGGUUAAAUUCAACCUGUUUGCUAGCUCUGAUAUCCACAGUGAGAGGAACUAUGUUUCAUCCAAUUAUGGUAAAUGGGUUGUCCUUGUCCCUACCAGAAUCAGCAGCUGGUGAUAUGUCAGCAGGUGUCCCCUCACAACCCAAUGAACCUCAAGAAGGUGAGCAAUGUAGCAUGUUAGCUAGCAGCCUCUUUUAAGGGGGUCUGUGGGAAUCACUUAAGGCUCUCUUCUCUAUCAGUACUAUUACAAAGGAAUAUAAAAAGACUAUUUUUGGUGAUAAACACAUUGUUUUUCCACAUAAUGAUAAUUAUAAAUAUCAAUCAGUAAAAAUGUAUAGAUUAUGGAUGCUGGGCAGGUUGAAGCAUUAUUAUUUAGUCCGUUAAUGUAACAUAAAUUACUGUGAGAUUAUUACUGUGAAGCACCUUUUUGAAGGCACCAUUCAAGAAAAAAAAAACUUGUCAUCUACUAAAUACCUUGAAAUGAAAUGUUUUGAAUCUGACUGAAUUAUGGGAGGUUUUACAAGAUGUAAUUUGUUUAUGUAGCUUUUAGAACACAAACCAAAAAUCAAUAAUUUCCAAAUAAUUCAUCAGAGAGCAAAACUGAAACAAAAGCUAUUAAUAAUUGUAAUAAAUAAACUUAAUAUAACAUUGAACACAAUAAAAUAUGAAAUCUAGUAUUGAUCAUUAUCAAGCAUUAUUAAUUAUUUCACUGUAAAUAAUAAAUGUUGCUGUGUACAAUCAAGGCUGAAUAUAUUUUUAGGUGUUUUGUUGUUGUUGAGAAAAAUGGGUUUCUAGAGACUUAUAUACGUAUUCAUGCAAAGUUGUCCAACUUUAAAAUUUUAUGUAACCCUAACUGACUCCAGUGUGAACUGUGUGCUUAUUCAUUUUGUGUCUAUGAUGAAGCCAUGGAGACUUAAUAAAGAAGUCACCUUGUGA